AAGAGACAAAAACAGUGAACAUGUCUGGAAGAGGCAAAGCCGGUAAAGUCCGAGCCAAGGCGAAGACUCGCUCCUCCCGUGCCGGGCUCCAGUUCCCGGUGGGCCGCGUGCACAGGCACUUGAGGAAGGGUAAUUACGCCCAGCGUGUCGGCGCCGGAGCGCCGGUGUAUCUGGCCGCUGUGCUCGAGUAUCUGACCGCUGAGAUCCUGGAGCUGGCCGGAAACGCCGCCCGCGACAACAAGAAGACCAGGAUUAUCCCGCGCCAUCUGCAGCUGGCUGUCCGCAACGACGAGGAGCUCAACAAGCUGCUCGGCCGAGUCACCAUCGCACAGGGCGGAGUCCUGCCCAACAUCCAGGCCGUUCUUCUGCCCAAGAAGAGCGAGAAGGCCGCCGCUAAGAAGUGAGCCGGAAACACGGGACAAUCGCAGCAACCACCGCAACAACGGCUCUUUUCAGAGCCACACACUCGCUUCACUUAAAGACACAAACCUCUGAAUAACUGGUUAUUAAACCAGACGUUUUGAUCUCUGAUAAUUAGAUUAAAUUAAUAACCAACUUCUAACAUGGAGCUUUUGCUCCCAUUAUGAAACCAUAACAAUUGUCCUUUAUAGUAGUGGGACAUGAAUAAUAUGAAUGAUAAAUAUACUUUUUCACAUGUGAAAGUACAACCUAGAGAGACAUAAGACUAAAAUACGUGAAAUAUGAGCUUGAUAUUUACGCUAUAAAUCGGCUUAAACGCUGUGUACAUGUGUAAUUAUACAUAUGUGUAUAUAUAAAGUCUUAAUUCGAA